AUGAUCUUCAGGGACAAACCGGACGGCCACUCUGACCAGGUUCCCUACAUCCUGAUCUGGCAGGCCAUGAUCGAGAAUCCUCCUCCUUGGCUAAAACCAUUUUUACCCCCCAAAGCAGGACCCACGGAGAUUCUAGCCCUGCGGAAAGCCAAAAAGGAGACUGACUCUAUGCCCGAAGCACCCCUUCAUCUGGCAUCAGGGGCUGCAGAAGUGGCGCCACCCCUCCCUGACGAGGGAGUCCCUGUGUGCGGGCUAGCAGUAGGGACAUGCGGUCGGACCCACCAGACGGCCCCACCUCUGAAUGCGGCCGGCCAACUCCACCGCCUUUCCUCUCCAGGCCAUGCCCCCCACCCCCAUGAGACUGGCGAACAGCUAAUGUUAUAUUGGCCAUUCUCCAACAGUGAUUUAUAUCAUUGGAAAACCCAAAAUGCAAAGUUCUCUGAUAAUCCGAGAGAUCUAAUUGGGCUUUUAGAUACUGUUCUCUUUACCCACCAGCCUACUUGGGAUGACUGCCAACAGCUCUUGCAGGUUCUCUUCACCACCGAGGAAAGAGAACGAAUUCAGGUGGAAGCCCGGAAGUCUGUCCUGGGAGAGGACAGACAGCCGACUCAAAACCCAGACCUCAUAAAUGCUGCCUUCCCUUUAUCCCGCCCCGCCUGGGACUACAACUCAGCUGAAGGUAAGGAGAGACUCUGGGUCUACCGCCAGACUCUAAUGGCAGGUCUCAAGGCUGCCACACACAAGCCUACCAAUCUGGCCAAGGUCUAUGAUGUGAGGCAGGGUAAGGAUGAGAGUCCAGCAGCCUUCUUAGAGUCAUUCAUAGAGGCUUUUAGGCAGUACACCCCUAUGAACCCAGAAGCCCCGGAAACAAAGACCACAAUUAUCAUGGCUUUUGUUAACCAGGCUGCUCCGGACAUUAAAAAGAAGUUGCAAAGAGUAGAGAAACUGGGAGAGAAGAGCUUGCAGGACUUAGUGAUAGUGGCAGAAUGAGUCUAUAAUAAUAGAGACAGUCUGGAAGAACAACAAACCAAGCUAAGUGACCCCAGACCUGAGCUGGCCAAGAUCCUGCUGGCCACAACCAUGGAUGACCCACAGGAAAGACAGAGGCACCUCAAGAAGCUGGCUUCAGGGACAGGUAAGGAGGAUGGCCCUAGUCCCCAUCGGGAGCACCCUAAGCUGAACAAAAACCAAUGUGCUUAUUGCAAAGAGGAGGGCCAUUGGGUGAAAAGCUGCCCUAAUAAAAGAUCUAAGGCCCCUGCCAAGAUCUUAGAAAUGGAGGGCCUGGACAGUUAGGGGAGUCAGGGUUCGGCACCCCUCCCCAAGCCCUGGGUAACUCUUAAAGUGGAGGGGCAACCUGUUGAAUUCCUAGUGAACACUGGGGCACAACAUUCGGUUUUAUUACAACCCCAAGGGAAAUUGGCAAACAAAACUUCAUGCGUGCAAGGGGCCACGGGCACCAAACAAUACUCAUGGACUACCCAAACUGUGGAUCUUGGCACGGGCCGGGUAUCCCACUCCUUCAUGGUCAUCCCUGAGUGUCCCUACCUGUUGUUAGGUCGGGAUUUGCUCACCAAGAUGGGGGCACAAAUUUGCUUCCACCUCAAAGGGGCAAAAGUCCUAAACAAGAAGGGGCACCCAAUUCAGGUGCUUGUCCUGAGUUUAGAAGACGAAUAUUGUCUCCACCAAAUGCCCUCAGCCCCAGUGACUGACAUUGACCGUUGGCUGAGGGAAUUUCCCCAAGCGUGGGCAGAAACUGGGGGAAUCAGGCUGGCCCAGCAUCGACCAGCCAUAUACAUAGAACUAAAGCCGAGGGCAGACCCUGUCAGGGUCUGCCAAUACCCCAUGCCUCUAGUAGCACGAAAGGGAAUCACACCCCACAUACGGCGACUACUGGACUCAGGCAUAUUAAGGCCCUGCCAAUCGGCAUGGAACACUCCCUUGCUGCUGGUUCAGAAACCGCACUCUAACGAUUACAGGCCAGUCCAGGAAUUGAGGGAAGUCAACCGGUGAGUAGAGGAUAUGCACCCUAGGGUCCCAAACUCAUACACCCUCCUCUCCACCUUGCCUCCAGACAAAACUUGGUAUACGGUAUUAGACUUAAAAGACGCCCUUUUCAGCCUGCCUUUAGCACCCAAGAGCCAAGACCUCUUUGCCUUUGAAUGGACGGACCCUGAAAAAGGCAUCAAUGGCAAGCUUACCUGGACUCGACUACCACAAGGAUUCAAAAAUUCACCGACCAUCUUCGAUGAGGUCUUACAGGAAGACUUGGGUGAAUUCUGUUCUGAGCACCCUCAUUUGACUUUAUUACAAUAUGUAGAUAUCCUGUUGGUGGCAGAGGACCAGGACACAUGCCUGCGAGGCACCAGGGACUUGCUCCAGACCAUAGCAGCCCUAGGAUACCGGGCCUCAGCUAAAAAAGCCGGGAUCUGCAGAACAGAGGUGAGCUACCUUCGGUACAAAUUAAAAUAUGGACAAAGAUGGUUGACAGAUGCACGGAAGGAAACUGUCUUAAGAAUCCCACAGCCGCAAACCGUCCGCCAGGUACGUGAAUUCCUGGGGUCAGCAGGGUUCUGUCGCCUAUGGAUUCCGGGUUUUGCCGAGAUGGCCAGACCCCUCUAUGAGGCCACCAGGCACCAGCAAAUUUUUGAAUGGACAGAGGCCAUGAACAGAGCCUUUAAUGACCUUAAAAAGGCCUUGCUGUCUGCCCCAGCCCUUGGGUUGCGUCUAGCCAAGCCCUUUUACCUGUAUGUGGACAAGAAAGACGGGGUGGCAAAAGGGGUCCUUGUCCAGUACUUAGGUCCCUGGAAGAGACCCAGAGCCUAUCUCUCCAAAAAGCUGGACACGGUGGCCGCUGGAUGGCCCCCAUGCUUAAAAAUUAUUGCUGCGGUGGCCACUAUGGUCAAGGACGCAGCCAAACUGGGGCAAGAACUGCAUGUUACCACCCCACAUGUUAUUGAAGGAGUACUCAAACAGCCCCCAGACCGCUGGAUCUGCAAUGCCCGUCUGACCCAUUAUCAGAGCCUACGGCUAAACCCUACCAUAAUUUUAUUUGAGCCACCAACAACCCUGAAUCCGGCAACACUACUCCCUAACCCAGACUGGGACCCCCCUCUGCAUGACUGUCAAGAAAUUUUGGCACAGGUGCAUGGAAUCAGAGCUGAUCUCCAGGACCAGCCACUGCCGAAUGCAGACGUCACCUGAUACACGGACAGCAGCAGCUUUGUCCAAGAAGGACUCAGAUAUGCGGGGGCAGACGUAACCAUGGAGACGGAGACUGUCUGGGCAGAGGCACUGGCAGCCGGACUGUCAGCUCAAUGGGCAGAACUGAUCGCACUGGCCAAGGCACUGACCAUGGGGGAAGGUAAACGAAUAAACAUCUACACCAAGAGCAGGUACGCCUUUGCCACCGCUCACAUCCACGGAGCCCUUUAUAGGGAGAGAGGGCUUCUGACAGCAGAGGGAAAGACUGUUAAAAACAAAACGGAGAUUCUUGAACUCCUAAAGGCCCUCUGGCUGCCCAAGGCCCUAGCCAUCAUCCAUUGUCCGGGGCACCAAAAGGCAGACACACCAGUAGCCAGGGGAAACCGGUGAGCCGAUUUAAAAGCAAAAGACUGCCACGCAUGCCAAUUAACAAAUUCCUCUGCCCAUGGAUCUAACCCGGGCACCUGGCUCCAAGGGGACUGCCCAGGAGCCUACUGGGAAGUGGACUUCACUGAGGUAAAAUCUGGAAAAUAUGGGUAUAGGUAUUUACUAGUGUUUGUAGAUACUUUUUCAGGAUGGACAGAGGCAUUUCCCACCAAACAUGAAACGGCACAGAUCGUGACCAAGAAACUGCUGGAAGACAACUUACCGAGGUAUGGUUUUCCCAUUAGAAUUGGGUCAGACAACGGCCCAGGAUUCGUAUCUAAGGUAACACAGGGAUUGGCACUAGUACUUGGGGCAGAUUGGAAAUUACAUUGGGCAUAUAGGCCCCAGAGCUCAGGACAGGUAGAGAGGAUAAACAGAACAUUAAAGGAGACCUUAACUCAAUUAGCCCUGGAGACUGGCAGGGACUAGGUGACUCCCCUCCCAUGCGCCCUAUAUAGGGUGUGGAACUCCCCAUAUAAGAUAGGACUGACUCCCUACGAAAUCAUGUUCGGUCUUCCUCCACCUGUUAUCCCCAAUUUAAAACCUGAGGUGCUUGCUGAAUUUGAUGAUCACCAACUUCUUUUCUCCCUCCAAAUGUUGCAACAAACCCAUGAGCAGGUGUGCCUCUAUGAGACUGGGCCACCCCCGGACUCCCAUCGAUAUUGGCCAGGUGACUGGGUAUAUGUGUGGAGAUACCAAGACCAGACACUUCAACCUCAUUGGAAAGGACCCUACCUCGUGAUCCCGACCACUCCAACCGCUCUCAAGGUCGACGGGAUUACUCCCUGGGUCCACAAGACACACGUCCGGCCAGCUGACCCACAGAUCGAGCCCGUGAAAUUUGUGGAACAGCUUGGUGACCCUGAGAAACCUGUUUCGCCUCUGAAGGAACUGGUCUCAUGGUGCCUGGGCCUGUGGGUGCGCAGCGUCAUUGACAAGUGGACAAACCUGUUGAAGAACUGA